AUGGAGAACACGUCAAGAUCAAGAUACUCGCGAGAUGCUUGGGGGUUCGACGAAUAUCAUCCAAUCACACAAAACGGUUCAAAUUUGCAUGACGCUGAAAGCGGGAUCGGAUUUAUGAUAGUUGACUCAUUGGAUACGCUUAUAAUUAUGGGGCUAGAUGAAGAAUAUAAAAAAGCACGUGAAUGGGUCGCAAACGUAUUAGAUCACAAUCAAGAUACCGACGUAUCACUUUUCGAGACAACUAUUCGUGUAUUGGGCGGAUUGUUGAGCGCGUAUCACUUAUCUGGAAAAGAUUCUAUUUAUUUAACAAAAGCUACAGAAUUGGCGGACAGAUUGUUGGUCGCUUUUGAUCGAUCUGAGAGUGCUAUCCCAGCUGCGUGGGUGAAUCUAAAUACUACGAUGGCAUCGCACAGGUAUGAGAUUUCUGUUGCGGAAGCGGGGUCAUUGCAAUUGGAAUUCAAGUAUUUGAGCCAUUUGACUGGUGAUCCAAAAUAUUGGGAGCGCGUAGAGAAAAUUAUGUUGCACAUUGAUAAACUUGAAAAGUUUGAUGGACUCGCUCAAAAUUUUUUAAGCAUUUCAGGAGGUGAAUUUAUUGGAGAUUGGAUUGGAAUAGGAGCACUUCAAGAUAGUUAUUACGAAUAUCUGUUGAAACAAUACUUAUUGACAAGUAAAACCGAACCGAUGUAUCUACGCAUGUACAACGAAUCAAUAGCAGGAGUUAAAAAACAUUUGCUCAGACGAUCAAUUCACAGUAAUUUACUUUACCUUGGAGAACUUUACAGCAGACCAUACGACAGAACUAACACCAAAUUUAGGCCGAAAAUGGAGCAUUUAUCUUGUUUCGUCGGGGCAUUUUUAGCUCUCGGUUCUGCAAAAAUCCACGAUAGUAAUUCAGAGGAGAAUUUGAAUAUCAGCAAAGAAUUAACACAUACGUGCUGUGAAAUAUAUUUUAGACAAGCGACAAGAUUGGCGCCGGAACAAGUUUAUUUUUAUACAAACUCAACUGAGAGUGUUUUGGAUAAUGGGUUUUCUUCAUCAACGGAAAAUGAUUUUGAAAUAAUGGUUGGCAGGUUGAAUCUCUAUCUUAUUGAAAUUCCGGAAUGGGGAUGGAGAAUAUUUCAAGCUUUUGAACAAUAUUCGAAAUUUACUGAAGGUGGAUACACUGAAAUAGAAGAUGUCACAGUCAUUCCUCCCAAAACCCGUAAUAGUAUGCCAACGUUUUGGCUGGCGGAAACCUUGAAAUAUUUAUACUUGCUAUUCGAAGAUCCUGAUACUGAUUUAUUAUCACUCGAUAAAUAUGUGUUUAACACGGAAGCACAUCCGUUUCCUAUUUUCGUUCCCAGUAAGGAAAUUCGCGGUGAAGGAUGGAGUCGACAAUAG